AUGGCUUCCGCCUGCUUAAACACCAUCGGUUUAUCACCAGAAAACUUACCGGAAUGUUCUCAGAACUACUCUCCGUACCGUUGGUUCACUCCUCGACUCUCCAUAAGCCGCAAAAUGACCGAAGAAAACGUUUCAGAUCUGCCGGAGGUUUCAGAUCCGUCCCCGGAGAUUUCAGAUCUGAAAAAUGAAUCGGAUAUUAAGGAGUUUGAUGGCUUUGAGUUCCGACUUGAAGAUCCGGCGUUAAUGCUUCCAGCCGACGAACUGUUCUCCGACGGUAAGCUUGUUCCGCUUCAAUUUCCGGUUAAACGGCCGGAAGUAGCCACGUCAACACCUUAUUCUCGCCGGAUAAUUGACGUUGACGAUCCGUACUAUUCACCUAGGGCACCGAGGUGUUCGAGCCGGUGGAAAGAGCUUCUCGGAUUCGGAAAGCUUCAUCAAAGCAAUAGCAACACUGUUAAACCAACUGAUAACAAACGAACGACGUCGUUAGCUUCUUCUCAAUCUCAAAACGGUUCCAGAUCUAUUCGACAGUUACUCUACAGAAACUCUAAACCUUCACAUGAUACUUCAAUCAAUGUACCUCUACUCAAUAAUGCAGAUAACGAAUCUGCUUCCGUCUCAGUUUCAUCACGGCUGUCUAUUUCUUCUUCUUCUUCCGGCCACGAUAUCGACGAUCUUCCUCGUCUCUCUCUAGAUUCCGAUAAGCCAGCAAAGUUGAACAACAUGAACGUAAACCCUAACCCUAACCCUAACCCUAACACUCGUACGAAAACAAGACUGGCAAAAACGACAACACAAACAAAAAGCCGCUCAACUGACAAUACACUCACCACCACACGCGUAGGCAGAACCACGCGCCGUCGUUCGAUGGAAGCUACAAACCGCUGCUUAUCUGUGGACAGUCCACGAAUAAACUCGUCAGGAAAAAUAGUUUUUCAUAGCUUAGAACGCAGUUCCAGUAGUCCUAGUAGCUUAAUUGGUGGCCCUAGAUUUAAGCACAGAGGAAUGGAGAGAUCGUAUUCCGGUAACGUAAGAAUAACGCCGGUGUUAAACGUUCCGGUUUGUUCGCUUUCUAAGUCCGGUGGUGUGUUUGGGUUCCAGAUUUUUUCUUCACAGCAGAAACAAGUUUGUUCAAGUAGCAACAAUGGCGGAUCAAUUCGGAGCCAACGGGUUAACGGCAAAUCAAACCGUAUUUUAGAAUAA